CCUUUCGUGUGCCUCCACCCUCUGCGCAAGCGCGUUUAUUUGUUUAUACACGUACAUGUAUUACGUACUCCGUCAUUCGAUAUUUCUUCCUGUGAUAUUAAUUGGGCAAGUGUUGCAGAAAUCAGUUUCCGUACAUGGGAAGUGAAGUCUGGCAGAAACUAAAGGAGAACAUUGCUUUGCUGCAGCAGUCCAUUCACUUGCCCACCUUCUUAGACAAUUUGGGUAGGAGGGGUUUGAUUGAUCAGGAAACCGCCAACAGUCUGGUAGUUUUAAGUUGCGAGGAGGCAGUUCCCAAACUUCUAGAAACUUUAGAGUCUUCAAAUCCCUCCUGCACCAACGAAAUGUGUGACGCACUACAAGAAACUCAUCCAGAUAUUGCAGAAAAAGUAGGACUGGCUCCUCUACCAGCUGAAAAAGAUUGUAAAGAGCCAAGCGGUCACAGCCAUGUUGUGAAGUCGUAUCACGCUGUGUUGGCCAUCUCUACAGAGCCCCACAAACACAAGGAGGAUAACCAGCUUCAUCAUUCCAAGAACAAACACUCAGCCUUCAUGUAACAGGGAGAGUAAUAACCAGUGACGGCUCAAGAUGAUUACAGCGGGACUGAUAUUGUAUUGAAUCUCAGUGUAUUAUUUCAUUUUCCUGAAUCUGCAUAUCUAAAGGAAUCUCCUCUGUUUUACAUAACUUGUAAGACUAACCUGAACAAUUAUUCUGUUUAAAGAAUACAUCAACUUUUAAAAGUUUUCUUUUUGAGUAUUUUAUCAUUUUAUUAUUUAUUUAAACUUUAAAUAAAGUAAUUUUUAUUUAGAA